AGGAAGUGAGUUGCGACAAAACUUAAGGAAGGGCACAAAGUCAUCUCACGGUUAGCCUGGGCUGGCAAGAGAGAUGGAUCAACUGAAUCCGCACAGCGUUCUGGUGACGGGUUCCAACCGGGGACUUGGCUUGGAGAUGGUUAGGCAGCUGGUACGGAAGAACAAUCCACCAAAAUGGAUCUUUGCCACUUGCCGGGACCCGGCUGGACCCCGUGCUCAGGACCUGAAGAAUUUGGCCGCUGAACACUCGCAAAUUGUCAUCAUCGCAUUGGACACAACUGAUCCAUCCAGCAUCAAGGCUGCCGCAGCCAAAAUCACAGAAUGCCUGAAAGGGUCUGGAUUGAACCUCCUGAUUAAUAAUGCCGGGAUUGGCAAUGCGACCAGCUUCGAGACUGAAACACCAGAGAACAUGGCUGAAACCUACAAAACCAAUGUGAUUGGGUGUAUGGUAAUUGUCCAGGAGUUUAUUCCGUUGCUGAGGAAAGCAGCUGAAGAAAGUCCCCUGACAGGCAUGAGCUGCAGCAAAGCUGCCAUCGUGAACAUGUCCAGUGAAGUGGGAUCCAUCACAAACAUGCUUGAAUGGCAGCGGGGCCACGUCAUUGCUUACCGCUGUAGUAAGUCCUGCUCUGAAUAUGCUCUCUAAAUGCCAGUCCUUGUGUCUUGCCGAAGAUGGGAUCUUGUGUGUUGCGUUGCAAAUCCUGGAUGGUAAGACCGACAUGGGG